AUGACGUUGUCAAAAGUGGUCUUGACUCUUCUUCUUGGCUUUAGCUGCUCAGUCUGUGACUUCUCUAUAGCUACAGAAAGGAACAACACAUUUGUGACAAAAUUCAUCCUCCUGGGAUUUUCAGAUCAUCCCCCAAUUAAGAUUUUCCUUUCUCUGUUAUUUUUGGGAAUCUACCUCAUGACACUGACCUGGAACCUGAGCCUCAUCACCCUCAUCAGGAUGGAUUCUCACCUGCACACACCCAUGUACUUCUUCCUCUGUAACCUGUCCUUCCUGGACAUCUGCUAUGCAACCUCCACGUCUCUGAAGAUGCUCUCUGACAUCAUCACAGAGCAGAAAACCAUUUCUUUCCUUGGCUGUGCACUGCAAUACUUUGUCUUCUGUGGAAUGGGGCUGACAGAAUGCUUUCUCUUGGCAGCCAUGGCAUAUGACCGGUAUGCUGCCAUCUGCAACCCACUGUUCUACACAGCCCUCAUUUCCCAUAUACUUUGUUUAAAGAUGGUGGCUGGGUCUCAAGUGGGUGGAUUCCUUAGUUCUUUCAUUGAAACCUACUCUGUCUAUCAUCAUGAUUUCUGUGGGCCCAGCAUGAUCAACCACUUCUUCUGUGACCUUCCCCCAGUCCUGGCUCUGUCCUGCUCUGAUACUUUCACCAGCCAGGUGGUGAUCUUCAUUGUGGAUGUUGUUGUGGGAGUGGUGUCUGCCCUUGUGGUUCUCAUUUCUUAUGGUUACAUUGUUGCUGCUGUGCUAAAAAUCAGCUCAUCUAAAGGUAGGACCAAGGCCUUCAACACCUGUGCCUCUCACCUGACCGCUGUGACCCUCUUCUACGGCUCUGGUCUCUUCAUGUACAUGCGACCUAAUUCCAGCCACUCCCUAAAUCGGGACAAGGUGGUGUCCGUAUUCUAUGCUGUGGUGAUCCCCAUGGUGAAUCCCAUCAUCUACAGUCUUAGGAAUAAGGAGAUCAAAAAUGCCACAAGGAAGGCCGCGGAAAGGGCUGUGCUUUCUCAUGGACAUUCAUUUUUCUAA